GCGGUACACUAUCAGCGUACAUGUUCUGUUACUUGCGUGUGUGUAACGCAUCCAUGAAACUAUGGGAAAACGUGUUCAUUUGUAAUUAUCUCUAACAUUACAAGUACAUACAUUCCUAUUAGAGUUGUUACUGUUUAGUUGUAAGGAGCUCAUAUCUCGAGUUGAAAGACAGAUUCUCGAGAGUUCAGUGAAUUAUUGGAUUUAAUUCACCAUGAUAUCGGCUAUCACAGCAAACACUGAGAGUUACGAGACAGAAAAACAAACACAGAUUGACGAUACAGGAAGGCAUCAAAUUCCAAUAAAUGACCACGUUAAUAAGGAAAACAAGAAUACAGUGAACGAAGCAACAACAGUUCCAGAAGUAAAUAAAGAUAGAAAGAAGCUUCGUAGUGGAAAAUAUGUAAAUACAGAUAUUACAAGUUUGCACAGAGUUAAUGGGAAUGUUAAUAAAAAUGCAUCACCUAAGCAAAAGAAUCAAUCUAAGAAACCUACCAAAAGAAAAAGUAAUGCAGCUGAAGAAUUGGAAGCCAAAACUCCUAUGCUGGAGCAAAAAGAAAAAACGUUAGGAAAUUGUGAUAAGCUUGAAAAUGAAUUGAACCAUGAACAAGUAGAUUCUAGCGAUGAUCUUGAGAGCAAUACUCUUAAGAAGACUAAGACGGAGGAGUGCAAUGUGAAUGCGGAUGAAUCAAAACCAUUGCAUCAAAAACCUAUUAAUAUACAUCAAAAAUGUGAAUAUUGUUGUCAAAACCUGAACAGCCCUGAUUUAAAGAUAUAUCCAGGUCAUCCCAAUGGAGCAGUAGAUGAACUUAUCGGGCUAACAGAUCCCAAAUUAUCUUUAUUUACAGGAGAGGAAGCUACAGUUUAUGAAGGUGAUGAGAGACCACAGAAUAAGUUAACUGACUUUUGUGUAUAUGAUAAGAAUGGACACUUGUGUGCUUUUGACACCGGCCUGGUUGAGAAAAAUGUAAUACUUUAUUUUUCUGGUUUUAUGAAACCUAUUUAUGAGGAAAAUGCAUGUCCAGAGGGUGGUGUGCCUACUAAAGAUAUGGGACCAAUAAAUGAAUGGUGGGUAUCAGGUUUUGAUGGUGGAGAACUAGCUCUUGUAGGAUUUACAACAGCAUUUGCUGAAUAUAUAUUGAUGGAACCUGCUGAAGCAUAUACACCAUUCAUGGAUUCAGUAAAAGAAAAAAUUUAUAUGAGUAAAAUAGUUAUAGAAUUCUUAUUGGAUGAGAUUAAUCCUUCCUAUGAAGAUUUAUUGAAUAAAUUACAGACUAUAGUCCCUCCAAAGGGAUUGUCUAGAUUUACAGAAGAUUCUUUAUUAAGAUAUGCUCAGUUUAUCUGUGAUCAAGUCAUUUCCUUUGAUGCAUCAGCAAGACCUGAGGAUCCUUUAUUAAUUACAAAUCCAUGUAUGAGAGCAUUAGUAACACUUGCGGGUGUAACAUUAAAUAAACGAAUUGCACUGCGUAGAAUACAGCCAAGAGAUCAAAAGAAGAAAAUUGGAUGGACAAAAGCUACAACUACAAAAUUAGUUAAAAAUAUGUUUGAAACAUUUUUCUCUGAACAAUUGGCUACAAAUAACGAAAAAGAUGUAUCUGGUCCUAAGAGACAUAGAUGUGGAGUCUGUGAAACUUGCCAACAACCAGAUUGCGGAGCCUGUACUGCUUGUAAGGAUAUGAUUAAGUUUGGUGGAUCUGGAAAGAGCAAACAAGCUUGUAAUAAAAGAAGAUGUCCGAACAUGGCCAUUCAAGAAGCUGACGAUUCAGACCAAGAAGAUGACGAGGUUAACGACGCACUAAUGGAAAAUACAAAGAUUACACAGAAAAUGAUUCUAAAAGAAUUCAAACAUGUUGAAAAAGAAAUCACGUGGAUUGGAGAACAAAUUAUUGAUGAUGGACGUAGAACAUUUUAUAAGUCAGUUAUGGUUGUUGAUGAAGAGAUAAAAAUAAAUGACUUUGUAUUAAUUGAAUCGAACGAUCCUACCGUACCAUUGCAAAUAGCUAAAGUCAUGUAUAUGUGGGAGGACAAAACUGGGGCAAAACUAUGUCAUGCGAAUUGGUUUAGAAGAGGCAGUGACACUGUACUUGGCGAAACAUCAGACCCAUUAGAAGUAUUUUUACUUGACGAAUGCGAUAAUGUUCCAUUCACUUCUGUGAAAUCUAAAGCUACCGUCAUUUAUAAAGCUAGUCCACAGAAUUGGAACAAAUUAGGAAACGCAGAUUUACUACCAGAAGAUGAAAUACAAAAUAAAGAUGAAAAAACUUUCUUUUACCAAAAGCGAUAUACGCCUGAAACUGCUCGUUUUGAGGAUCCUCCUCCUGAUCCAGUCUGCCAACGAAAAGAAAUUAGCCACCGAUUUUGUCCUGCUUGUGUACGAUUCACAACAUUACAAUGUUAUUAUACGCCAAAGGUCUUUGACAAAGAAGAAGAGAAGAACAGUAAAGAAGUAACAUAUAAUGUUGUUAAAUACAAAGGGGAGGAAUUUAGAGUUGGUUCUGCUGUAUUCAUUUCGCCUACAGCUUUAAAAUACAAAUAUACGUCUACAUAUCACAUUAGUUCAAAGAUAAAGAAAGGGAAGGUUGAUGAGGAUAUGUAUCCAGAAUACUAUAGAAAAUCUUCUGAUCACGUGAAGGGUUCAAAUUAUGAUACACCUGAACCCUUCCACAUCGGUUACAUUAACUCGAUAUACGCAACAACCAAUAAUAAAUUAGUUGCUUCGUCCGAUAUAUGGAUUAAAAUAAACAAGAUGUAUCGACCAGAAAAUACACACAAAGGUCUUACAUUAAUGCAUCAAAUUGAUCUUAAUAUGGUGUAUUGGAGCGAUGAAGUUUGCAGCGUUAAAUUUUCGGAGGUGGUAGGUAAAUGUUAUUUGGCUUGUUCAGAAAAUUUAGAUGGAUCUGUGGAGGAAUGGACCGCAGGUGGUCCAAAUCGUUUUUACUUUUCUCAAGCUUAUAAUGCAAUAGAAAAAACAUUCGUUGAUCCUCCAAAUCGUGCUUUGAAUAUUGGGAAACCAGGAAAGGGAAAAGGAAAAUCAAAGUGCAAAAAUAAAACAUUCGAGAACAAUGAUGCUAAAAAAAUGAUUGACAAAGCAGUAGAUUACUGUAGUGUGCCAAAAAAAUUGAAAACGUUGGAUGUGUUUGCUGGUUGCGGCGGAUUAUCCGAGGGACUGCGACAAGCUGGUAUCGUAGAUAAUCGUUGGGCGAUUGAGAGAGAAGAACCAGCUGCAUGUGCGUAUCGGCUCAAUAAUCCUGAUACAACUGUUUUUUGCGAAGACUGCAAUGUACUUCUGCAGAAAGUUAUGAAUGGUGACGUUUUUGACAAUAGUGGUCAACGUUUACCUCAAAAAGGAGAAGUAGAAUUAUUAUGUGGUGGACCACCAUGCCAAGGCUUCAGUGGCAUGAACCGAUUCAAUUCGCGGCAAUAUUCGUUAUUUAAAAACUCGUUGGUAGUGUCAUGUUUAUCUUAUUGUGACUACUAUAGACCGAAAUACUUUAUCAUGGAGAAUGUUAGAAACUUCGUGUCCUUUAAAAGAAGUAUGGUUCUCAAAUUGACAUUGAGAUGUCUUGUUCGAAUGGGUUAUCAGUGUACAUUUGGUAUUUUACAAGCCGGUAAUUAUGGCAUUCCACAAACUAGAAGGAGACUAAUAAUAUUAGCUGCUGCACCUGGAGAAACACUGCCAAAAUACCCAGAGCCGACUCACGUGUUCAGCAAACGAGCGUGUCAAUUAAGCGUUAUUGUUGAUAAUAAAAAAUAUUCAUCUAAUUGUGAUUGGACGGAAUCAGCACCGUACAGGACAAUUAGUGUCCGUGAUGCGAUGUCUGAUCUACCUAAUAUUAGGAACGGUUGGAGUAAAGAAGAGAUGGCCUAUGGGGACGAGCCAACGUCUCACUUUCAAAGAAAGGUAAGACGUAAAGAACCAGAUGCUAUACUGCAGGAUCAUAUUUGCAAAGACAUGGCACCCCUAGUUGAGGCGCGAAUAGCGCAUAUUCCAAUCGCAAGCGGAUCUGAUUGGCGAGAUUUACCAAACAUUGCGGUACGUCUAGGUGAUGGAACGUAUUCCAAAAAAUUAGAAUAUACUCAUCACGAUAAAAAAGCUGGUAAAAGUUCCACUGGAGCAUUUCGUGGUGUCUGCAGCUGUUGUGCAGGCAAAGCUUGUGACCCGAUGGCUAGACAAUACAAUACCUUAAUUCCAUGGUGUUUGCCUCACACUGGAAAUCGUCAUAAUCACUGGGCUGGGUUAUAUGGUCGAUUGGAAUGGGAUGGUUUUUUUGGUACUACGAUUACUAACCCUGAGCCUAUGGGCAAACAAGGCCGCGUUUUACAUCCUGAACAAACCAGAGUUGUAAGCGUAAGAGAAUGCGCCAGAUCACAAGGUUUUCCAGAUUCUUUCCGCUUUUAUGGAAACAUACUUGAUAAGCAUCGCCAAAUUGGCAAUGCCGUACCGCCGCCGUUAGGUGCUGCACUUGGCUUUGAGAUUAGAAAAUGUUUAACAACCGAGAGCACCGAGCAAUUAGAGAAAAAACUAAACGGUUUUAGCGACUGAUAGCAAUGUUAAAGUAAUGUUAAAAGUAUUGAUAUUUAUGAUAAAGUAUUGUAUUGAAUCUUAAUGGUAGCACAAUAUGUUAUAGAUGUCUUUUUUAUCUACAUAAAUUUACCAAUACCUGUCCAGUAAAAAUAUGUAGAUGCUUCCUUAUACCAUUUACGUGACCAAAAGUAUUAUGUGAUGCAUAAUUAUUAUGCAAUGUUAUCAGUAGAAAGUGCAACAUUUAUUUUCAUGUAUAACUUUUAAAUUGUGGGAUCAGUAUUUUAAAUUACAUCGGAAAUAUUGAAUAAUUAUGUGCAUGUCGUGUCAAAAACUGUUUUCGUGCAAGGACUCAUUUGUAACAAUUAUCACGUCGUAUGUAUAUAUUGUACCUUUUUACAGUUAUGUGUUAAAAAUAAAAUUGUUUAUCAACAUAGUUUUAGAAGAGAGAUAACGACAAAUAAAAUGAUUAAAUAACACAAGGAAUAUUUAUUGUGAAAUAAAGUCUUUAUAACAAAA